AGGACCAAUUGGCUUCUCGGACGGGCGGGACGAACAGAGAUAACGGACCGAAAUUCCCCCCGUCUGUUAUUGUUAAUAGACACCUAUGUUGAUCAUUAUGUGAAUUAUUAUAAUAAACGUUAUGAUUUUUGAUUUACGCCAUAACGGGAGGCGAACGUGCUGGGAACCAACCUCGAAAUAUCGUGAACGUCUCUUCGUCGUUUUCUUGCUCUAAUCUGUCUCCAGGCAGUGAGAUGUCUCUGGCUCAGAGGGUUUUGUUGACCUGGGUCUUCACCCUGGUCUUCCUCAUCAUGCUAGUACUCAAACUGGACGGGAAGGUGCAGUGGAACUGGUUCCUCAUCUUCCUCCCAGUGUGGGUCUUUGACGGCAUCCUCAUCCUCAUGCUCGCCAUCAAGAUGGCAGGCCGUUGCAAACCUGGUUAUGACCCACGCAACGGCUCUCCGGACUUGCGCCUGCGUGCCUGGUAUCUGACGGCCAUGCUGCUCAAGCUGGGCUUCUGCCUGACGCUGUGCGCCAAGCUGGAGAAGCUGGCAGAUGUAAAGCUGACCUUUGUGUGCAUACCACUGUGGACCAUGUUACUGGGGGCGCUGGUGGAGCUGGGGCUGAAUAUCUUCCCUGAGAGGAGAGAGGCCUAAGAGGGAUUAAACGUCUGCUUCAGAGCUCGGUGAAUGAAUCAUUACACCAUAAUUGCUGAGCAUAGUUUUGUGCUUGUAUGACCAUGACUCUGUGAAACCGGAGCUUUUGCUUUGGCCUGAUUAGAGAGGAGAAGGAAACAAAUCAUCACCUCAGACAUUGGUAUUCAUCUUAAGAAAAAUGUGGUCAGACCUCAGCGGAGUACACUGUAAGGACUUCAACAAGGCAAGGACUCUGAGCAACUGAGGAGCUGCUAAUAAAUGUGUCACAAUCCAUCCAUUUAAAUUGACCAAUAAAGCUCCAAAAUGGCUUUAUUUUCUUGAUCAAGACAAAGAAUGCCAUAAGAGGAGCAACUGUACAUGUAUAAGACUACUGUGAAGCCUACACUGGGAGAAUCAUUAACAUCCUUUAAUAUUUGCUUGUUUUGAACUCAAGAUGUUCAGUAUUGGUUACUAGUGUUUAUGUUCACGGUUUUCACAGCUGCUUUGCUAAAGAACUGGAGGAAGUGAACAGCAUUUGGUGUAUUUUGACUCCACUUCUUUGAUUUAAGCUGCAAAACCUAAACUGUAACUGUCGGUACCAGAAUCACGGAGUGUAAAUUUUCUUACAUAUGCUUUAGAUAUUGUGUGGUACUUCUUCUUUUCAUUCCUAAGCUGAGGGGAGUAGCUGGCCAAAUAUUAUUUCGCAAGUUAUAAAUUAACUUUAGCGGUGUUCAUGACAACAGUUUGGUUUUGGCUGCAAGCACAGAAUUAUUUGCUAACAUAAGCUAAUUUAAGAAAUUGCAUAAAGGCAUCUUAGAACAACUUUUUGCCACAGGCCACCUCCUCUGCUCUGUACAAGGUCUCUGUUGUCAUCAUGUAAAUCAUCAGACCCAUGAAAAUGAGUAAACUGUUAGGUACAGAGGUCCAAAGUCACUGGAAACAAACCCCUAACAUGUAUCAUAACUGGUGACCAAAGUGAUAAACAUUCAGAUAAAUAUAGAAAAAAAUUUAUUUAAUCAAAAGAGUAUAAAAAUAAGACAGAGGCCAUUAGAAUUUUUAAUCCUGGCAGGUUCUGGUUGUGUCAUUUUUUCAUAUACCAACUGUUUGGUGCCAUUUGAUUGUAUUUCAAGUACAUUCUUUGCAUUAUUUUUGCACUAUGUAGAAACAAGAAGGUAAUGGUGUUUGGACAUUGAAAUGAUUUGAUAAUUCAUGCAUGUCUUGUAAAUAAAUAAAUGGUUCUUCU